GCUCCAGCGCACCUGCCCCGCGCGGCCCCAGGUGUGCGGAGCGCGCUGCUCUCACCUGCCCGGCCCGCGGGCCCGCGGGGGGGACGCCCGCACAGCUCGGAGCCGGGCCGCGAGAUGGACUCCGUGGUCUUUGAGGAUGUGGCCGUGGACUUUACUGUGGAGGAGUGGGCUUUGCUAGAUUCUGCUCAGAGGAAGCUCUACAGAGAGGUGAUGCUGGAAAACUUGAAAAACCUGGCCUCAGUGGAUGAUGAGACUCAAUUUAAAGCCAGUGGGUCAGUUUCUCAGCAGGAUGUUUAUGGGAAUAAAAUACCCAAGGAACAUAAAAUAGCAAAGUCCACCAGAAAUGAUUCCUGGGCCUCUGUUUUAGGGAAAAUUUGGGAAGAACUUAGCACUGAAGAUCAGCGCAUGAAGCAGGGGCAACAUCUGAGAAAUCGUGUGGUGGAGAAGCUCUCUGAAAGUAACGAUCAGUGUGGGGAAGGCUCGAGUCAGAUUCCAGAUCUUAAUCUGUACCAGAAAACUCUUACUGGAAUAAAAGAGUAUGAAUGUAGCGCAUAUGGAAAAGUCUUCAUGCAUCAUUCCUCCCCCAAGAGUCACAUCGCUGUGCACACUGGACACAAACCAUAUCAGUGUCAGGAGUGUGGGCGGGCCUAUAGUUGUCGUUCACACCUUCGAAUGCAUGUGAGGACCCACAAUGGAGAGAGAACCUACGCAUGUAAAUUAUGUGGAAAGACCUUUCCUCGUACUUCUUCCCUAAACCGGCAUGUAAGGAUUCAUACUGCUGAGAAAACUUACGAAUGCCAGCAAUGUGGGAAAGCCUUCAUUGAUUUUUCAAGUCUUACUAGUCAUGUGAGAACUCACACUGGAGAGAAACCCUAUAAAUGUAAGGAAUGUGGGAAAGCCUUCAGCUAUUCCUCCACCUUUCGAAGGCACAUGAUAACACACACUGGAGAGAAGCCCUAUAAAUGUAAGGAAUGUGGGGAUGCCUUCAGCUAUUCCUCCACUUUUCGAAGACACAUGAUAUCACACACCGGGGAGACACCACAUAAAUGUAAAGAAUGUGGAGAAGCCUUCAGCUAUUCCUCAGCUUUUCGAAGGCACAUGAUAACACACACUGGAGAGAAACCCUAUGAAUGUAAACAGUGUGGAAAAACCUUUAUUUACCUGCAAUCCUUUCGGAGACACGAAAGGAUUCAUACUGGAGAGAAACCCUAUGAAUGCAAACAAUGUGGGAAAACCUUCAUUUAUCCCCAGUCCUUCCGAAGACAUGAGAGGACCCAUGGUGGAGAGAAACCCUAUGAGUGUAGCCAGUGUGGGAAAGCCUUCAGCCACCCCUCAUCCUUUCGAGGGCAUAUGAGAGUGCACACUGGAGAGAAACCUUAUGAAUGCAAUCAGUGCGGAAAAACGUUCAACUGGCCCAUAUCUUUAAGAAGACAUAUGAGGACACACAUGAGGGAGAAACCCUUUGAAUGCAAACAAUGUGGGAAAGCCUUCAAUUUGUCUGCCUGCUUCCGAGAACACGUGAGAAUGCACCCUGGAGACAAAUCGUAUCAGUGUAAGCUGUGUGGGAAGGCGUUCUAUUGCCACAUAUCCUUACAGAAACAUAUGAGAAGGCACACCGCAGAGAAGCUCUACGAAUGCAAGCAGUGUGGGAAAGCUUUCAGUUGGCCUGAACUUUUGCAACAGCACGUGAGAACACACACUGCAGAGAAACCUUAUGAAUGUAAGGAGUGUGGGAAAGUCUUCAAGUGGCCAUCGUCUUUGCCAAUACAUAUGAGAGUGCACACUGGGGAGAAGCCCUAUGAAUGUAAGGAGUGUGGGAAAGCCUUCAGUUGCUCCUCAUCCUUAAGGAGACACAUACGAACACACACUACAGACAGACACUACUUAGGUGAUGCGGGAAGUUCUCCUGCAAGUGAAUGCAUACCUUCAGUGGAUUCAGAAAAUCCACACCAGGACAGAAACCUUAUAAAAACUGUAAAUAUGGUACUGCCUUUGUGAGCACCUCAUCGAAGUGGACCUAUGGGGCACAUCUUUCCAGUUCUUUUACAGAAAAACAAUUAGGUGAAAAAUAGCUCUCCAAGUACUCUUUCAGCUAUCAUACAAAGUUUUACAGGUGGUGGUUUCUCCCCUACAUUUCAGUAAAUAAACCUAUCUUUACAAUUUGUUGGA